AUGACGCAUCAUUCUGCUCGCCUCAACGUCUACGGACCUCCGACCAUCCGCCACGUGGGGCAACUCACGGCCGUCGCAGGCCAAACCUUGAGUGUCAUCUGCCCCGUCGGCGGCUAUCCCAUCGACAAAAUCACUUGGCAAAAAGACGGAGUUAGGCUGCCGGUGAAGCACCAGCAAGACGUGCACGCCAACGGAACACUGACGAUCUCUGCGGUCACGCGGGCUGGGGACGAAGGCAGCUACUCCUGCACGGCACUCGACAAGCAGGGUCGCUCCGACCAGCAGACGCUCCACAUUCAAGUUAAAGUUCCCCCGCAGCUUGCGCCCUUGACGUUCGUGGGAGGCAAUCGAGCAGGGCUGCGGGCUCAGGCCACGUGCCUCGUCUUAGCCGGCGACCCUCCCUUGAGCCUCCGCUGGUACAAGAACGGUCAGGAAGUCGACGCUGGAAGCAGUGAUGUGAUCAUCACACACGCCAAUGACUUCUCAUCGUCCCUCUCCAUUGAGCAAACGCUGGGUAAACACGCUGGCAACUACACCUGCUCAGCGACUAAUGGUGCCAGCACGGCAUCGACCUCCGCAGUGCUCGUAGUCAACGUUCCCCCUGAGUGGCUUGUGGAGCCCUCUGACGCGGAUGUCUCGCUUGGCGCGUCUUUAGAAAUACUUUGCAGCGCCAGCGGUUUCCCAACACCCAGGGUCAGCUGGAGGAAGCAAACGCCUUCGGGUAGCUGGGGUGAUAUCAGCCGGGGUUCAAAUCCUAUGAAAACGGCGACCUCCUUGUACGAGAAUAUCAGCUCCGGCAGCGGCAGCUCUUACCAAGGCAGCGAGUUCUCCCCCAACACCCACCAGGACGGAGGGCACAGCUCGCUGGUAUUGCUGGAGGCUCGUCAGGAUCACGGUGGUCGCUACCUCUGCCAGGCCAACAACGGCGUCGGGGCAGAACUCUCUAAACUCAUAACCAUCGUCGUGCACGAACCUCCAACAUUUCCUGACUCUGAGCGGCGCGUGGAGGUGGCAGUGGGUGGAACUGCAACCUUCAUCUGCCAGGCUCGGGGAGACGCUCCCUUGGCCCUCCACUGGCUAAGAAAUAACUCCACCCUUUCCUCUACUGCUAGGUACAGCGUGGAAAGCUCUGGCGACCAAGGAGAAGGAAAUGGACGCGAGCUACGCCUGACCAUACAUCGAGUUGAGGCCACCGACGGCGGCGACUACCACUGCGUGGCCACCAACGGACACGGCACUAACUCUGCCCUGCACCAUCUGCUUGUGCAAGACGUGCCCGCGCGUCCGUUGGCCGUGACCGUGGCAGAGACGACGUCGCGCUCCCUGACGCUCACCUGGCAGGACGCGACGUCGCCUCACGGGUCAGACGUGCCCUUCACCAGAUACGUCGUCCUCCUUACGUCGGACCGCGACACACCGAAGGAAGUGGCAGUGCAUUCGUCCCCCGCGAAGUUGACGGAUCUGGUGCCAGCCACGCGCUACUUCUUGCGCGUCGCGGCUGAGAACAGCGUGGGCAGGAGCGACCUCACUGACGUGCUCACGGCGACGACCCUGGAUGAGCCUCCCACUGGGCAUCCCAGGAACGUGAAGGCUCUGAGUUCAACUUCAACGGCUCUGCGACUCCAGUGGGAGCCUCCGUUGCCCAACACAACCCACGGCACAAUACUAGGCUAUUAUCUCGGGCACAGAGAAAACAGUUUCACGAGUCUCGGAGCGGAAAUGCGUUUCAAUUUCUCGACGAUACCACUCACGGGCCGCCACGACCAACACCUCCUCGGCGCUGUCAUCGAAGGGGCACACACACACGUCGGUGGCGUCAUCGAGGUCUCCGUUCAAGGCCUCAAACCCAACACCCGCUACGUUCUCGUGCUCAGAGCCUACAAUUCUAAAGGAGCGGGACCAUCUUCACCCGCAGUCACUGCUCAGACUUUGGAGGAUAAGCCGAAUGGUCCGCCCGAGCACGUGGGCUGCGAGCCGCUGUCGUCGCACAGUUUGCUGGUCACUUGGAGGCCUCCGGCGCCGGAGAGAGCCAACGGCGUCAUCACGAGCUAUAGAGUUGCUUACCGCCAGCUACAUGAAACUGAAUUGAAGGAAAUCGGCUCCGAGAUGCUGCCUGGAAGAGUGAUUCCUAAAUCAAACUUGGGUUUCGGUGUUCCCAAGUCACUACAAAACCUUCCGCUGGCCUUCUCUCCCUCGGUGGGCACAAGCGGGGACGGUGGCGUGCUGGUGGUAGUGGAGGACCAGCAGGCACGACUGGUGUCGCUCAGAGCUUACACUAAUUACAGCGUCUCUAUCUCUGCGGCCACCGCUGUGGGUGUCGGCGUCCCUAGUGACCCCAUCGCCUGCUCCACACUCGAGGAUGUGCCAUCACCUCCGGAGGCAAUCAAGAUCGUAGCUGCAGGCCGCAGCAGCGCCAUCGUGUCGUGGCGGUCGCCUAAAGAAACUCGGGGACGAAUUACGAGCUACGCCGUAAGAUGGCGCUGUGGGUCUCGCUCGACGGAGACUCGCACUGUUGAUCCAAACGAGGACCAUUUUACGGUCACGGGCUGCCUUGACUCCAAAGUGGAGGCGUGGGUGGCAGCUGACACAAGCGUCGGCAGAGGCAAGGAAUCGGCCAACGCUACGACCACCACCAGCGUCAGCGUGGGCGCGGGCGUGUGGUCGGUGGGCGGUGAUGCGUCGGUGGCCUGGCGGCGCGACGUUACGCUUCCCUGCGACGCCGUCGGGCAGCCCGAGCCCUCGAAGCGAUGGGCACAGGAAGUGAUGGUGUACUGGGUCACCUACCACCUCAGUGUCAUCAUGCCGCCUUCGCCACCUUUGCUGCACGUGACGGAGACGACGGCGUCCUCUGUGCGCCUCCAGUGGACGGUGGACGACGACGGAGGAGCGCCCGUGCACGGCGCUACGCUCUAUUAUCGUACAUCCGGAGGUGCGACGCUGGAAGAGCAGAUGAGCUCUGACUUGCACUCCGUGUACAACUUGCGGUGUGGGACGCUGUACCACUUCUACGGCACCGUCCGUAAUUCUAUAGGCAGCAGCGAGUCGUCAGAGGUGGUGGAGGCACGCACGAAGGGCCGCGCCCCUGAACCUCCCCCGCAGUUCCAGUUCAUCACGAGCAACAGCACCCAAGCGACGCUCUACCUCACCCAGUGGGAGAACGGAGGCUGUGACAUCACCCACUUCCUGGUGCAGUACCGCAAGCUGCACAGCGCGCACUGGAUAUGA